AUGUUUGCAGCGCCUAUGGUACACGAUGAUGUGCGUGCAUUCACGCCACCACCGGACAAUGUAACUGAGCUGGCCAUGUCACCUCUAGCUAAAACGACGCUGGAAACACUGCUGUACCGAGGCUCGACGGCCGCACAGCUUGAGACGGUACUGGAUCAAAUUGAUGUUGACACAUGUGAUGCAGACGGCGAGAACGCAUUUUUCGUGGCUGACCUGGCUAUGGUGUACCGCCAGUAUAUGCGCUGGGUGCGGGAGCUGCCGCAAAUCAUUCCCUUCUACGCAGUCAAAUGCAAUCCAGAGCCGCUUGUGCUGCAUCUUCUCGCGGCAUUAGGCCUUGGUUUCGAUUGUGCAUCGAAUGGCGAAAUACAAAGCAUCAUCGAUAUGGGUGUCUCACCGUCACGGAUCAUCUACGCGAAUCCAUGCAAGGCAUCGUCGUUUGUGCGUCGCGCAGCAUCACAGAAUAUUUCUUUGACUACGUUCGACAACAUUGAUGAAUUGUACAAGAUAAAGCGCUUCCACCCAAAGUGCAAGCUGGUUGUGCGUAUUCUCACGGAUGAUUCAAAGAGUGUGUGUCAGUUGGGUAUCAAGUUCGGUGCGCCGCUCGCUGAUGUGCCGCGUCUGCUGGCCAAGGCGCGGGAACUCGAAUUGGACGUUGUCGGUGUAAGCUUUCAUGUCGGUUCAGGGUGCUUUGAUCCCGAGGCGUACCGCGAUGCCCUGUGCCGCUCACGCAAGGCCUUUGAUAUGGGCCGCGAGCAUGGCUACACGUUCGACUUUCUCGAUAUUGGCGGCGGCUUUGAACACGACAACUUUGAGGCUAUAGCCAAGGUUGUGCGUUCAGCACUGUUGGACUACUUUCCUGACCAUGAAUUUGCGCCGGGCGGCUCGCUUGUGCCUAGCGGGCUGCGCAUUAUUGCCGAACCCGGCCGUUUCUUUGUGUACCACGCCUUUUCGCUUGCCACGAAUAUUAUUGCUCGGCGCGUGUCAGAGUCGAGCCAGGACGACGAGGACUCGACGCGGCCCAAAGCCAUGUACUACCAAAAUGACGGCACAUACGGCGCAUUUAACUGUAUUCUAUUCGAUCACCAAAAUGUACAGCCCAAGGUGCUCUCGAUGCAGCGGCAGUAUGUGUAUCAGGCUCACCAACACGCACCGGGCGUCCAACAGGACCUGUGGCCCUGCAGCGUGUGGGGCCCGACGUGCGACAGCAUGGACUGCAUCUUGCCGCUGACGCACCUGCCGCGCACACUUGACGUGGGCGACUGGCUUGUAUACGAAAAUAUGGGCGCAUACACCUUGUGUGCAUCCUCGACAUUCAAUGGACUUGCGCGGGCGCAGGUGCGGUACACGAUCGGUUGCGACGCCAAUGAACAAGACGGCGCGCCCCUGGCGGUGCUGCGCUUGCUCGAGUCGGCGGGUGUCGCUCACGCGCUGUAA